CCCUCCCUGUGCGCCAGGUGCGUCUCACCUGAGCUCGGCAGUUCUUCCGCUAGCGACAGGAGCAGCAGCAUCCUCCUCAUCCUCCUCCCGAAGAUGACGGCGCUGAGGUGCAUCGGCAACUGCCUGCCGUCAUUCGUCAUGGCGAUCGUCUUCGACAUCAUCGGUGUGGUCCUGCUGUUCGUCGGGAUAUUCGGUGACGUGCGGAUGCAAGGCGUGUUUUACGGGGAUUUCCUCAUCCACACCGGCGCGCUGGUCUUGUUCGCCAGCCUGGCCUUGUGGCUCCUGUGGUACGUGGGGAACAUCAGGGUGAAGGAUGAGGGUUUGGAGCGCAGAUCGAGCGCAGCGCACAGCGUCAAAGAGAUCGCGAGGAAGCUCACGAAGAGAUUGUCCAAAACACACCUGAAGGACAACACCGGUGAGAAAACAGGAAGCAAAGGUUCCACCAUUCGUAACGUAACGUGGGGGAAAUCCACUUACUUCCCAGGACACAAGGAUCUUGAAUCAGAUAUGAUCAAAUGUGAUGAACUAUCCAAAGAAAAAUCAGACGAUGAUCAGUUCAUGUGCUACCAGAAUCAAGGGUACGAGGAUGAGGAGUCUUGCAAACCAAUUCAGGAGGAGACAGAUGGCCAGACCCGGUCAGAAGACGGUUCUGAAUCAGAUGUGAGCAAAUGCAGUGAAGCGUCCCAGGAGAAAAAGCCUGGAGAUGAUCAGUUCACCUGUUACCAGAACGAAGGGUACGAGGAAUCAGAAUCAGCCGUGACCAAAGACGCCGAAAAACCUCAGGAGGAGAAGCAAGAGAGCAUUGAUGUUCUGCUGUGAAAAGAGGUCCUAAAACAAUGACUGAAUAGCCAAGAACCUUCAAUAGUCUUCAAACAUUUGCCAUCAGCAGUACGUCUAGAGAUGCUGUGCACAACUCAAAUGGUACUACAUAUGCUUUAAUAUAGUAAAACACAGCUGUCUGUUGUGUUUCUGUAUGGGGGUUGAAGAUUCUCAGUGGCCUGAUGUUUCUAAAGCAGGGUGGCUGAUAUAAUGCUAUAAUACUUUUAAUGGACACCAAAUUGGUGAAAUGAAGCGAACUCUUACUUUGCACAAUAUUUACUAAAAAUUCAUUAGAAGAAUGUAUAAUGCUUUGGCAAAACUGUUAGCAAAUUAUCUCCAGAAGUGGAGGUUACAUCAGCCAAAUUUUGAUAAUCCCAAAAUAGCCAAAUAUUGUCUGAUAUAUAGCCAUUCAAUGUGUGUUGUAAUGUCCACUUGUGUUGUGUUUUUGUUACUGUGUUGUUGUAAAAUGUUGCUUAUUUUUGCACAUCCUCAUUUGUAAAUUCAUGCAUAGGCUCAUGCAUUGUAGGAAUCCAUUUCCCUUUCAAAGUGGCAGCUGAGCGCUCAAGCAAAGACCUCCAAAGUCAAGCCAUUUCAUUUGUUGUUCGUCAUCAGUGACCAAACCAGUCCGACAGCAAAUACAAUGGACUGAUAGUUCAUUCAAGGGACCUGUUGGUUCAUCUUUGUACAUAAGCAUUUUAUACUGCACCCAUAUGGCAAAAAUAUAUAUAUAUAUUUUUUCAAGUAUAUUUUGAACUAUAUAAUAGUAGUGAGCGAGUUAUGUGAACAUAACUGUAUAUGAAAAAAACUGCAUGAUUUAUGUAAAUGUAAAGCACAUAAUCUUGACAUGCCAAAUUAAUCCUGACUGUAAAUACUCCCUCUUUCUCUCACAAUACUGUAGUUGUUGUUUUAACCGAUGCAAUAUGAAAUGCAUGUAAACUUAAAGCCCAAGUUUGUAUAAACAAUUAAAUCACAUUUCACCCAUAUGACUGUAUUUGUUUUUAAUUCAUGUUGUGUUUGCUUAGUCACUAUUGCCACAUCAUACGGUUAGUGAUUUGCUCUAAGGCCUAACCUUUGAAUGUUGUGGUUAAUCAUCAAAUUGAAUAAUGCCUCAGUUUGUGUGACUUCCUGAAAUGUGCAAGGUCUCUCUGUGACUCAUAUUUGAGGAUUGAGAUUGCGUAACUAAGAAAAUUCAGUACAACUUGUAAUGCAGCAUCUGCACCGGUGCUUUGACGAAGGCUUUUCUCUGUCUGUGGAAAUAUGUGAAUCUGUUCAUAAUUGUUUAUCUAGCAGAUCCACCGUCAGGGUGAUGAGAACAGUCUGAGGAAUAAUAUGCAUAAGUAUAAGACGUCUUCGCUUUUUCAGUAGGCAUUCGCCAGGCAGUUGAACUUGUUUUGCUGGUUGCAUACCUGCUGUCAAAGAAAUGCACUGCGUAAGAAUGUGGGUGAGCUGCUUUAUAAAAGUCUUGUGUGGGGAAAGUUCCUGUCAUUCGUUCUUCAGGCCCAUCAGCCUGCUGUACGUCCGUCGGCUCUCCUUACUUGAGCUUCUCUAAGAUGGACUGCAAGGAAAGAGUGGGACGCUGCUUCCUCUUUCUAUUCUUGGCUGUUCUGUUCGAUGUAGCUGGACUAGUUCUCUUCUUCAUUGGCAUUUUUGCACCAAUCAGUUUUUGGGACUUGUUUGUCCUUUCCGGACCAAUCAUCAUCUUCCUUAGCCUGGUGUUUUGGAUCUUUUGGUACCUGGGGAACCUGACGGUGCCGUACCGCGAACUCCUGCCCAAGUGAGCAUGGAUUGGAGGAGAAAUCAUGACUUCAGGAAGGCGAAAGGACUCCGGGAGUUACUGAGUGACUAAAACAAAGGAUGAAUGACGUGUCACUUGAAGGCCUACUGGAGUCACUUGCCGGAUCACCAUUGUCUUGGGAAUUUAACCUUUUAACAGUGAUUACCAUCUCAAGAUGCUUCAAGAAUGAGAAUGACUGUGGGGUGACAGAAAAUAAAUCCUGUCAAUGAAUUUUAACAGCAAAGAAUUGGACAAUUCAACCCCAAAAAUGCAGCUACCUCAAUAAGAUUCCCUUUUUUUCCAGUUCCGCCAUUUUCAUUGAUCACUUCAUGUUCGUGAAAGACCUAUUUUUUAGCAUCGUACACAGUUCCUGCCUCUUUUUGGAAGAUCCCGUCAUGCACUUUAUGGAAAACAUUAGAAAACCUCAGGUGAACCUCUGAAAUGCCGGACUUGACCAUUGACACUAUGGUUUUUGCACUGUACUGAAAACAAAACAAAUGAUUGAUUUAUGAUUGAUGCCUUUCCUUUUCCACAGUCUUUUGCCUUUAUAUAGAGGUUUACAAAAAGCUGUUGUCAUCAUAACCAGUAUAACCAAUAAGAACAAAAAAAAAUGUUGAUGCUGAAUGUGAACGGCUGUACUGAAAUGAUGUUGUGGUUACUGUGAAUGUGACACAUAAGUUUAACUUAUAAAAUGAAGUUUUUGUUUGGUCAGUGACAAUCAGAGACAUCAUCUUUUAUAGUCUUUUGUUUUGGUCAGAGAUGUCUUUCUGAAAACCAGAUGAACUGGAAAUGCCAGCGCAAACAUCAGCAUUGAGAUGCAUUAUUUUGCACGAGGUGCUUCCCUGUCAUGGGGAGAUCAUAUGACCAGUCCAAUACUACAGAUUCCCAAACAGAAUUUUUGAAUGCAGAAUAAAUUGAUCAUGGGUGAGUUUCUGUGAUGCUGCAUCCACACCAGUAGAUGUCAGUAUAAAGUCCACUGUCAUCAUGAUUACACUUCUUCUAAAAGCAAUAAUGAAUGCAAAUAAUAAAAUGCAGCUAAUUGUAUAAACAUGAA